ACCAAAACUUAAAAAAAAAAAAAAUUACAAAACGGAAAGGAAAAAAAAUUAAAAACUUCUUCGGCAUCACAAGAAAAUUUUCAAUUCCUGUAAUUAGCGUUUCGUGCGUUUUUCAAUUCCUUUUCCUUCUUCGUCUCUCUCUCUCUCCAGGAAAACCUUGUUCCACCAUUGAUCAACGCAACCAUGAACAUCUUCAGACUCGCCGGUGACAUGACUCAUCUCCUCAGCAUUCUCGUUCUCCUCCUCAAAAUCUACGCUACCAAAUCAUGUUCAGGUGUUUCUCGUAAGACUCAAGAACUAUACGCGAUUGUGUUCUUAGCACGUUAUUUGGAUCUGUUCACGGAUUUCAUUUCCGUUUAUAAUACGUUUAUGAAGAUAGUCUUCAUUGCUAGUUCGUUGGCUAUUGUUUGGUGCAUCCGUGUUCAUCCUAUGGUUAAGAGAAGCUAUGAUAAAGACCUUGAUACUUUUCGUCAUUAUCUUCUUGUUGCUGCUAGCUUUCUUUUGGCACUCUUCUUGCACGAGAAAUUCACCUUCCUUGAGAUCUUCUGGGCAUUUUCAAUAUACUUGGAGGCAGUUGCAAUACUGCCCCAGCUGGUUUUGUUGCAACGAAGUGGAAAUGUUGACAAUUUGACUGGGCAAUAUGUAUUCUUUCUUGGUGCUUAUCGUGGAUUAUACAUUCUCAAUUGGAUAUACCGCUAUCUGACUGAGCCACGUUUCACUCGAUGGAUAGCCUGUGUCUCAGGUGUUGUUCAGACAGCUCUGUAUGCUGAUUUCUUCUACUAUUACUUCAUCAGUUGGAAGAACAAUUCAAAACUAAAGCUGCCUGCUUGAAUUAUCUCAAGAUUGUUUAGAAAUUUAGCUCCUUGUUAGGCGAGUCCCUGUUGGAAUUUAAGAGCGUAAUAUCUGCCCCUAUUCGUUAGUGGGGUAGAUGUGGGUUUUCUAGGUAAGGGGUAAAUGGGUUUUAACUUCUGUUGAACAUAACCACCUCAUAGCAAUGAAAUAUCAGGUUAAAAAUGAAAAUGUUACAUGUGGUGAGAUGAUACGUUUUAUUUCUAGAUUCAGGUCUCCAUUCCAUGGAAUUGUAUAGUUUGAAGUUUAUGGUAGCUGAUUUUGGUUAUGAUUGAAAUGAUCAUGGCUUAAGUAUGAUUACACUGUUGUACUACCUACUACCUAGUCAGAGUUUUCCAAUAUAUAAAAUUCGGCAUUGGAACAUUGUCACUCAGAA